AUGCAAACUGGCGUGUUGCGACCAACUUUUAUAGAUGGUGGUCCUUUUGUUAUUGUUUUGGUGCAGAUGAAACAAAUUACUCCAGACGUUUCCGAACUACAGCCCGUACGGGAGCACCGCUGUGACCAGUGUCCCAAUCUGGUGUUCGGAAACCAGAGCCACUACCAGCUGCACCUCCGCCAGCGGCACAAGGUCGUCAUACCAUCAAAUAAGACACCUGAGCCCACCGCCUAUCAUUGCCCCGUGGAGCAGUGCAUCUACCAUAUCGAGAGAAAGGGCUGCCGGAGCUUUAGCAGUCUGCGGCUGCUACGACAGCAUUACCAGAAGAGCCACCUGGACAAAAACUUCGAAUGCCAAGGCUGUGGCGAGAAGUUCCUGCUCCAGCGGCACUUGGAGAAGCAUGAGUGCUUGGAGCACAAGUGUCCUGUUUGCGAGCUGACGUACAACAGCAAGGCUGCCCUGAGGACGCACAUGCGACGGAAGAACCACAUUGCAGAUAUUCCAACGAACAAGGUUUCCAUACCCUCGCUGAACACAUGGAAAAAGUUAAAUCCACCUCCGAAAAAAGUCCCAGAACUUCCGCCUUCGGAACCUAUCCCCGAUCCCGUACCUGAGGAGCAAAUCCUAUGCUAUCUGCCCACCUUGCAGAUUGAAUAUCUGGAACUAAUCGAGUCACAGAAGUUGGACAUUGAGACCCAGACAGAGUUCGAUGAUCUUAACGAGAUCAAGAACGAAGUUCUGGCCCCAUUGCUGCGCGACAUUGAGACGCAGACUCCAGAGACGCGAUGGGAUCAGGGCACGAUGACAGAUGACAUACCAGAGGAGGAACUACCCCCAGUUCAGGAGCAAAGUCAGAAUCCAGCCCCACCGCCAGCAGAGAGCAACUUCCCGACCUAUCCUGGAAACGAGUCCAUGUUCGGUCUUCAGACAUCCGCUCACAUGUACACCCAGACUUGCGACGAACUGUUCGAGGAGCUGGGCCUAUCUCACAUCCAAACACAGACCUACUGGCCAGAUAACCUGCACAACACCCAGCAUACACAAACCUGCGAGGAGAUGCUGAACGAACUGGAAUUCCUGGAAAACUCUACAUACACACAAACCAGGUGGUUAGACUGGCAGGAAAAUGCUGAAGGAGGGGAAGGAUAA